UGAAGAGAUGGAUUCCGCACACAGGAAGACAAAUAAAAGUGAACAAAAAUCAAGGAAAUUUUUAAAAAGCCUUAUACGGAAGCAGCCUCGGGACCUUCUGCUGAUGAUCGGAACGGGAGUGAGUGCUGCGGUAGCCCCUGGAAUCCCAGCCCUUCGCUCCUGGCGGAGUUGUAUUGAGGCCGUUAUCGAAGCAGCUGACCAGCUAGAAGUGUUGCAUCCGGGGGAUGUAGCUGAAUUCCGCAAGAAAGUGAUCAAAGACCGAGAUUUACUGGUGGUUGCCCAUGACCUAAUCCGAAAGAUGUCACCGCGCACAGGAGAUGCCAAACCCAAUUUUUUCCAGGAUUGCCUAAUGGAGGUUUUUGAUAAUUUGGAGCAACACAUUCAGAAUCCUGUUGUUUUGCAGUCGAUCCUCCGACUGAUGGAGAGAGGCACCAUGGUGCUUACCACCAACUAUGACAACUUACUUGAAAUCUUUGGUCAGCAGCAGGGCAAACCAAUGGAAUCUCUCGACUUGAAAGAUAAGGACAAGGUUCUCCAGUGGGCGAAAGGUCACAUCAGGUAUGGCGUUCUUCACAUUCAUGGCUUGUACACCGAUCCUUGUGGAAUGGUAUUGGAUCCUUCAGGAUAUAAAGAUGUUACUCAAGAUCCCGAAGUCAUGGAAGUUUUACAGAACUUGUACCGCACAAAAUCAUUUUUAUUUCUGGGCUGUGGAGAGACCCUGUGCGAUCAGAUAUUUCAAGCUCUCUUCCUCUACACCGUCAAAAACAAAGUGGAUUUAGAACACUACAUGUUGGUGCUCAAAGAAAACGAAGACCAGUUUUUUAAACUUCAGGCGGAUAUGCUGCUGCAUGGCAUCAAAGUAGUAUCCUAUGGGGACAGUUUUGAAAGUUUCCCAGAAUAUGUUGAAGACCUCACCACUCAGAUUUGCAAACAGAAGAGCCCAGAUGCUGAACAAGUGGACAGCACAACACUUCUUGGAACUUCAUGUGUAGACUGUGCAAAACGAAGGUUAGGGGACAGUGGCAAAGAUCAUCCUAAGAGAGCAAGGCUGCCGGAUAAUGGUACUGUAGAAGAUGGUAUCCUUCCAUGAAAAGCGGCUAUCUACUAUAAUUGUGCCAUCUAUUUAUAUCACAAUAAUCAAAGCAGUGUUGAGAAGAAUUGUUUAAAUUCAUAUGAAUUGAAAAUAGAUGAAGGUUAAGAUCCCUUAAGAACUGCUUAGGAAGGGAUCCUUCGUCACACACUUCUGCCAGGAUACGUACAUUUCAUGGGUUUUCUUUAACCAAGCCUGAUCUGUAACUACCUCAGGGAUGUAUUUCACACACUACAUGUGCAUAGGGCAUUCUAAUCUGGACAAGAGCAUUUUGCUUUAAUCUGUUUUGAACCUGACUAAUCGCAUUCAACAUAGCAAUUUAAACUUACUUUUGUACAUUUUAUAAUUUUCUAAUCAGAAUAUAAGCAAGUGCGACUAUUUUCUGCCUGAAUGAAAUAGGGAUCAUUAAGGGCUCAGUUUUGUGCAUUCAUUUUAAUAAAAAAUAAGAGUAAAUAUCUAUCUUUUCCUCAGUGUGUUUAUUAGCUUUGAAGAAU